AUGUUCGCCCGUCUGUCGCGGCAAGGAACACAGUGGCUGACUGUGCAUGUGGAGCGUUCUCUAUCUUCACACGAAGACAGCGAUGGGAUUUCUGUGGACGUGAGCCUAGCGUCCCUGGUUUCUCCCUCUAACCUGUCGUGGGGUUGUGUUACUGGAUUAUACGAACGUAGCAUCUUGCCAGUGUACGAGAGUCUGAGAAAUAUUGUAGAGGAGGAUAUCGAGCACGUCUCGAACCAUCAGGGGGGAACGGGCCCUUCAGAACAAAAUGUCACGGGCACAGCUAAUUCUACAUCCCGUUCAUGUCCAGGCAGUCCACCUCCAGAGAGGCGGAGGCGUCACCGCCGGCGACCAUCUCUUCCUCCUGAACUUCCUGUUAUUCGCCCGCUCGAACCGUCUGCUCCUAUCGUGAUCGUGACACCAUGUCCAGACGCGCCCCGAGAGACAUCCUGCUGGGUUCCUUGCCAAGAUGCAUCUUUCGGCAUGCGUCUCACCGUGCCCACGCAUGUUGCACUUAAUAAGGUGCACCCACCGUUGAUGACAGAUGGCAUGCACCCCGCUCCGCGGAUCGACGAAUGGCAGUACAUUAACGGCCGUUGGUACGCAGUCGUUCCACCUCCGGCAGAGCAGUGCAAAAGAGGGAUGUACUCAAGGCCAGCCAGUGCAAGAGUUCGAUCGCGAUCUCGGUGUCCACCGUCACGGGUGAUGAACGUAGAGGAUUCGAUCUAUGGUUUGUGA